GAGGACAGAAUUCCUAGUCCAGGACUGGCACCGCCUGUCUUAGCUGCUGUGAUAAGCAACAUGUCCACAGCGACUUGUGAGGAAAGGGCCUCUUUCUGCUCACAGCACUCCAGCCACACUCCACCACUGAGGUGAGUCAAGGUAGGAAUCUGGAGGCAGGAACUGAAGAGAAGAUCACGGAAAACACUUUCCCUGUCUGCUCAGCCUUUCUUAAACCAUUCAGAGUGGCAUGGCCCAGAGUGAAUUGGAUCCUCCCAUCCCAAUCACCAGUGAAAAAAAUGCCUCAUGGGCCAGCCUCACAGAGGCGUCAUCGUCUCACCUGAGGCACCUUCCUCUCAGGUGACUCUAGGUUUGUGUCAAGCUGAGGAAACCCAGUCAGCCCUGCACAGGCAGGGUUAGUAUCCCUGACCUAAGAGACCGUCAGGAGCGAACGGGUCAGGAUGCUGCUCGAAGACCAUUCUCUGUGCAUUCAGGAUGGUUGUGACGAAAAAGAACCCAGACCUGGAAAGAUGCUGACCCUUAAAACCUGCUUAGUGUUUCUCUCUUGAGCCUGGGUCUCACUAAGCAACUUGGCUGACCUUCAACUCUUGGUGUAAGCAGACUUGGCCGCACACUAGAGGCUCUCCUCCUGGGAGCUCAGGGUGACCUUCCCUGCCUAUCCUGCCCCUGCUCCCUUCAUGGUGCUGGCAACAACCUCCUUUGGAAACAGCCAUGGCUGUGGCCUGGCUCUGGACACACAUACCCAGAACUGAUAACUCUUGAUAAGCCACCAACCGUUAGGAUCUGGAGCUGGAGACAUGGCUCGGUGGUUAAGGAUGCUUCCUGCUCUUGUCAGGGACCCACGCUCAGUCCCCAGUUCCCAGUCAGUGGCUCACCACCUGUAACUGCAAUUCCAGGGGAUCUGACACUCUCUUGUCUUGGGUACCUGCAUCAAGUUGUGCACAUACACUCAUGUAGACGUAGACACACACACACACACACACACACACACACACACACACACACACAACCUUUCUUUUUCUUAAUGAACUAUAUAUUUUUUUUUAAAAAGAAUUAUUUGUUUUAUGUAUGUGAGUACACGUAGCUGUCUUCAGACACACCAGAAGAGGGCAUCAGACCCGAUUACAGAUGGUUGUGAGCCACCAUGUGGGAAUUAAACUCAGGACCUCAGGAAGAGCAGCCAGUGCUCUUAACCACUGAACAAUCUCUUCAGCCCUUUAAUGAACUGUCUGGAGCCUAUCAUCCCAGCGCUAAGGUGAUUGAGGCAGAACUACAUGAGUUCACGACCAGCCUAGGCUACACAUGGAAUCUCGGGCCAACAUAGACUACACAAUAAAACCCCAACCCCAAAGCAAAAACAAACAACCGAAGGCACCCCCCCCCCAAGUCCCAUUAACACUCAAUGAUGUCGGUUACUUAGAUCUAAGCUAAGUGGGGCUGGCCCUCAAGACAGGGUCCUCCAGGUCACAUGUCACAUGCCCUGGCCUCGGGAGAGCUUCCUUACACCCAACCUUGGAUGCAGGUGAGGAUGCAUCCAUCCUAGGGAACAAGAUGAAGGAAGGAAGCAGCCAGCCAUGGCAGCUAGCAAUUCCGCGUGGAUGAAGGCCCUGUGAUGGGAGGAAAGGGCAGGGCUGAUGCAGAGAUGGUCCACGGGGACUCAGCACAUCUGUUGGAACAGUUUUGCCUCCUUCCCAGGUUAGCUGAGAAGUACUUAAUUUAAGCUGGCCUGGAACUCAUGGCAAUUCUCCUGUCUCAGCCUUCCAAGUGCUGGAGUGAUAGACAAGGUCUCCCUGGUGGCCCAGGUCGGCCUCUGCUGUUACACCGUGUGCACCGUGCCUGGCUGCUCCUCUAAAGCUGCUGUACAGAAACAGCCUGGACAGAAGAGGUCGGGCACCAGCCAGGCGCAGGCUGUACUUGCUCUGUGCCAUCAGGACCUUGCUGAGGGUCAGGCCUGAAGGUCAUGGAGACUCUGCCAACCACUUCACUCAGACCGAUUUCUAUAGCAGCCGUGACAGCUGCUACACAAAACAUACUCAGGCCUCAGGUUCGCUUGCUAGCAGGCGAAGACACCGCCGUCCACCCCACCAUCUGCUGGGGAAUCUAGAACCACAGGAGGGGACGAAUCUUCAGUGCUGCGCUUCUCCUGUCCGUGUUCUGUGCUGUGUGGAACCCAGAAUCCCAUGAGCUAGUGGAACACUCUCUCACAGAGCCGCACUGAGCGCUGUCAACUUCAUUUCUUUACUGAAAACAUGUCUGUCGGGUCAGCGAGAUGGUUCAUCGGGGAGGACGCCCGCUGCUGCGCCUCCAGCCUGAACACAAUUCCUAGAACCCUCAUGGUGGGAGAACUGGCCUCUGCAAGGGGUCUUCUGACCUCUUUCAGUGCUCAGGGGCAUGUGUGAGUAAGGGAAUGAAUGUGCAGAAGUAGAUCUGUCCAGAAUGAACCUAAAGACAAAGGUGUCAGAAAGGACUCUUUUGUUGUUUUGUGUCUGUCUGAGGCAGUGUUUCACUGUGUAGCCUUGGCAGGCCUGGAGAACACUUUGCAGACUAGGCUAACUGGGAAUUAGGAUACACCCGCCUCAGUCUCUCACGUGCAGAAUGCUGAGAUGAAAGGCGUUGAAGAGCACAUUAGGAAUAUGACCAAGAUCUUAGAAACUACUAGGCCAACCAGAACCAGCGGUUUUCUGAGUCUGCGGGUUGAGCCCCGCCCCGCCCCGCCCGGCGUGUGCUGUUCAGAGUGAGAGUCUGCACCUUCCUCGGCUGGCUGCCUGUCAGCACCUCUCACUGCUUUGCUUUAUGCCCCACCCCUCUUUCCUGGCAGGUGUACACUCUUGAAUUCUCAGGAUCAAACUCGGCAGUCUUUUCCACAACAUGUCAGGAUCAACAAGAAUGCAAGUCCCCAGGGACGCAGAGGCAGCCCAGCCUGCCAGGCAACUCUAAGCAGGAGCCGCCUAAGGGAAGCAUCGGGGAGCACUGGAGUCGGGGAGAGGUGAGAGGAGAGGUGGCCAGGCCAGCACCUGCCCAAGUUCCCGCCAGGAACGGGAGGGACCUGCACCCGGAAACUGAGAGGAAAACCUUUCAGACUAUGGUGGCGACAACACCCUGACAGCUCAAAGCAUGAGCCGGCUCUGGACCACGAAGGCUGGGCUGGUGGCGUGUGGCAUGAUCUGCGCCUUCAUCUUCCUUUACCUGAGAAGUCCAGGGCCUGAGGAGGCUGACGCUGAACCCACCCGCCCAGCUGUGGUGGAAUGUGGCUUCUAUCCAGAUGAGCUGUGCUCGGCUUUAUUUGAGGGGAAAAAGGCCGCCCCGCAGAUUGCACAAUUCUGCAGACCCCCUCGGAACUCUGAAGUACUCGCUCAUUUGAGCACUCCUGGAAACUGCUCCAGGAUGGCCCAGGGGCUGCAUUUCAUAACCAGACCCCUGUCUGCAGAAGAGGGGAACUUCUCUUUGGCCUAUGUUAUCCAUGCUCCUAAGGAACUAGCCAUGCUUGUGCGGCUUCUCAGAGCAAUUUAUGCACCUCAAAACGUCUACUGUAUCCACACUGAUGACAAGGCCCCCACGAAGUUUAAGAGUGCCAUGCAGACCUUCGUGGGCUGUUUCAGAAACGUCUUUCUUUCAUCAAAGACACAGAAGGUGGCGCAUGACAACCUCAGGAGGCUGCAGGCAGAGAUUGACUGCAUGAGGGACCUGGUCCGUUCCCCACUUCAAUGGCGCUAUGUCAUGAAUCUCGGUGGGCAGGAAUUCCCUAUCAAAACCAACAAAGAAAUCAUCCACUACAUCAGAACCAGGUGGAAGGGUAAAAACAUCACUCCUGGGGUGACCCCACCCUCAAACACGAAACCCAAGACCGGCCAAAGCCCUCCAAAGCCCAGCUCCAAUGAAAAUAGCUACACAUCUCCAAAUACAAGGUUCAAACCAAAACCACCCCGUAAUCUAACAAUUCACUCUGGAAGUGCUUACUAUGCACUUACGAGAAAUUUUGUAGAGUUCGUCCUAACUGAUCCCCGUGCGAAAGACAUGCUGCAGUGGUCCAAAGACAUCCUCAGCCCAGAGCAGCAUUACUGGGUGACUCUGAACCGACUGAAAGAUGCUCCAGGUGCCACAGCAGGUGCUGGAUGGGAAGGACACAUUCGAGCCACGAAGCAGAGAACAGAGGCAGGAGACGGUCACACAGGGUGCACAGGCCAUGAUGCCCAAGACACCUGUGUGUACGGCCUGGGAGACCUGCCUUGGCUCGUCCAGUUGCCAGCUUUUUUUGCCACGAUGGAGCCCUCCACAGACCCACUGGUGGUGGUAUGCAUAGAGAGGCGGCACAGACUCAAAGCCCUACAGCAGGCCAAGGUCCCCCCAGAGCCACACUGGCAAUUUCCCCAGGAAAGCCACUUUAGCAGUCAAGCCCAUGACUAAGGGGGCUGUCAGCAUCACUCUUUCAAUUCCUGGACGUGAAUUACUUCAAACAAUGCAGAAACACACCCCUGUCAGGCCUCACCACUGCACUGGCAGGGAGAGACCGAUGAGGACCGCCUGAGGCUGUGGCUGUGAGCCCCGGUCAACAGCACCAACAGCGUCUUACCAGCUGCUGAGUUUCCCCACCCACCCAAUCCAGUUCACGCUGGACACCAGCAGCAGGCCUUGUUCUGAGGGCCUGGAGACCCUGGGUAAGAGGUGCCCCACCCACAGGAAGCCAUGCCUCUUUAGAGCUGUCCCUAUGGACUAAGAACAGUGCAACUUUGUUCUAGAAAAUUCCAGAAAACCAUCUAGAGGUAAAGUGAGUAAUCCCACAGAGGGGAAGAAACGUCUUGGCCUGUCAUCUGCUGUUCCUCCUGCCAUGCUGGGGGCCACAACUGCACUGCCUGUGCCACCACCACAGGGGUUUCUGCACACAACAAUGUGAAGAGAGACAGAGGAGGCCGCUUGACUUUUACGAAGUUUUUCGAGUUAGGUGAUUCAUGUGGCAAGUGGCCAACACCCUGGACGUAUGGGCUGAAGGCAUAAAAGGCCAUGGGCAUCGAGCCUCAGGUCCAGGUCCUUCCCUCCUAUGUCCCUGACUCUCCCGUCGCUGCUGCUGUUAUGGGAAACUUCUAUAGAUGCUCUCUCUCUAGCAAUGUCCUUGGUGGCAUAAAGACUGACAUGUUCAAGUA